CGCGUUUCAGUUGAUGUCAUGGGGAGUUGCAGCCGUCGUUGGACAAUUCGACAACCUCAGCAUGUUCUCUGGGCUUUUUAAAAAAGAGCCAGAAGCUUCAAUGUUGGAUGCCGUGCUAUGACAACGUCACUGCUCCUCCGUCCUCGCUGGGUCGACCCGUCGGUGAUGUUCCUCUACGACAACGGCGGCGGAUCCGAUGAAGUGAGCAAGAACAUGGAGGGUUUUGCUGGUGGCAACUUUGCUGCAAACCAGUGCAGGAAUCUGAUGGCGCACCCCGCGUCCCUGGCACCCAGUACGGCUUACUCGUCCAGCGACGUGCCCACCUCCGGUAUGGGAGAGCCAGUGAAGCAGUGCAGCCCCUGCUCUGCAGCACAGAAUUCAUCCAGCGCGUCCCUGCCUUAUGGGUACUUCGGUAGCGGUUAUUACCCGUGCAGAAUGUCGCAUCACAGCAGUAUAAAGUCGUGCGGAGCGCAGCCCCCCUCCGCGUAUGGAGAGAAAUACAUGGACACCUCCGCCUCGGGCGACGACUUCACCUCUCGGGCAAAGGAAUUCGCUUUCUAUCCGACCUAUCCUUCAGGCCCAUACCAACCUGUCCCCAGUUACCUGGACGUUCCUGUGGUGCCAACUAUCAGUGCGCCGUCAGAGGCCAGACAUGAGUCCCUGCUGCCUAUGGAGAGCUACCAACCAUGGACUCUCGCCGCCAACGGCUGGAACGGCCAGGUUUACUGCGCCAAGGAGCAGCCGCAGCCUGGGCACAUGUGGAAGUCCUCCAUACCAGACGCAGUGUCCCAUGCUGGAGGAGAGUCCGGCUCUUAUCGACGUGGAAGAAAGAAGCGCGUGCCAUACACGAAGGUGCAACUGAAGGAACUCGAGCGCGAGUACGCCGCCAAUAAAUUUAUCACGAAGGACAAAAGGAGGAGGAUAUCUGCCCAGACCAACCUGUCUGAGAGACAGGUCACAAUAUGGUUUCAAAACAGACGCGUAAAGGAGAAGAAAGUUGUCAACAAAUUGAAAACCAUUAGCUAGUUCCUCUUUUUUUAUUAUUAUUAUUAUUACGGACAAUAUCUACAACAUCUAUGGGAGAUAAACUACUAGGCCUACACACACACACACUUACACACACUUACACACACACACACACACUUACACACACACACACACACAUACACACACACACACACACACACACACUUACACACACACACACACUUGGACUCAUGGAUUGGAACAUCACAACUCCUUCCUGACUGAAAAUGAUUCAUUUGUAUGUUGUCAAAUGAUUUCCCGGAGCAUCUGGAACAAAAUUUUCUGAGGCCUAUGAGUGCUGGACCCUCCAUUUCCUGCCACUUGUUGUUAAAUAGCCUACUGUUUACGGAGUAAAGUGGGGGGAGAAAAAAAAAGAGAAAAUAUAUAGCUGCAGUAUGUGUGACUUUUGCUCACUCACAACGCAGGAAAACUGACCCCAUCUCAGAGAGGUGUGCGCCACCGAGCUUACACCUUUUUUUAUCUGCAAGUUUAACGAGAGUGAUAAACGCGAAGAUUCAAAGGAAGUGACGGUAUUUCGGAUUUGGACCUUGGGAAUGUUAAAUAUUAAUCUAUCUUGCCUUCCUUUUUAAAACCUAGUCACAUGCUUAGCUUGUAUGAAGUUUAGUCUUAUCAUAUGAAUCCGUGUUGUCAUUCAUAUCCAGUCCAUGGUGCAAUUCUUAUUAUAAUGCUUAGAUAAUCGUCCGGGAUUAUGUGUUCUUAUCAAUCAUAGCUUUUUAUAAUGUAUGCGUAUUCAUGUGGUUGUGUAUAUAAAGUCAAUUCCGGCAUGAUAUCCAGGUUAUUUGUGUGUGAGUUAAAUAUGUCGGUGUUAAAGUCCGUCCCAAUAAAAUAUGG